CUCGUGAAUCGUAAACUCUAGCGAAGAGUUCGAAGGGUAAUUUCGUCAUUUGGAUAAGUAACUGCCUAAUGCAACUUCCAAAUCCAACGCCGAUUACCGUUAGCCUUCGAACCGCCAAAAUCUUGCAACCCAAUUAGGCCUAAACACGUGUCCAUUUCCCAUUGGUCAGCCAGCUGAAAAUGCAGCCUAUAUAAGGACACAUUUCGUCUCCACCAAACUUCACAUUCCCAUAAUCUGAAAGAAAAGAAAAGCUCUUUUACUGUAAGCAAGAAGAAUAGAAGAUUGAGAGAACAAUCAGAGAUCGGAAAAACGUUCGAAGCUUGAGAAAGAUACUGUGUUGAUUAAUGGAGAAGACGAGUAAAGUGGCUGAGAUUGUAGCAGCAGAGGAAAGGGAGUCGUCGACCAUGGGACCUAUACUGAGCAAGUAUAACAAAGCGGAAGAGGCGGUGGAGGAGGUGCUUGGUGGUAAUGGCACCGACGGUGAGGUCGUGAUUCAGAUGAGUAAGACUGAUACUAGUGAGUACGAAGACUGCGACUCUACUAAGAACAAGAUUCGGAUUCAAGUCUCCAAAACCAAGAAGCCUCUCUUCUUCUACCUUAAUCUUGCUAAGAAGUACAUCAAACAGUGUUAUGAUGUUGAGCUCUCUGCUCUUGGCACCGCAAUUCCCACCGUGAUCUUAAUUACUGAGAUUCUGAAACGCAAUGGAUUGGCAGUUCAAAAGGAUAUAAGGACAUCUACCAUUACUAUCGGAGUCAGAGAGGAGAAGAAAGGCAGGGUGAUGGUGAAGGCUCAGGUUAUUGAGAUUUUGCUGAGAAUGGCUGAUAAGAUAGAUGGGAGCACUGUGGUUUCCGUAUCUAGUUAAGAAGGCAAGCUUCUACUGCUGCUGCUGCGGAAUAACAAGUGUGCCAUUUUGGAGUUUUGGUUGUUUCUUUUUUGUUCAUUUCCCUUGUAAAUGAUUAGAUUAGACUUCUGCUGAUGGAAUCAAGGUCCUUCUUAGGUCCUACUGCUGUUCACUUUUACAAUUUUCCUUAGUAAUGUUCUGAACAAACCUUCUGCUGCCAUUUCUUACUGGCAUGUAUGUUACUUACUGCAUGAAUAAAGAUCAAGUUUUUCCACA